AUGUCUAGGUCUCCGCCGCGUCAGGAUUCCGUUUCCUACCAAAUAAUUUGGCUGCUUUGGACUUGGCGCCCUCUGGUUACCUUCCUCGUCCUCAUCAACUCCCUCCUCCUCAAGUACUACUGCGUAGCCUCCGGCCGAGCCCCUCUGCUCGACUACCAGCGCCGCGGCUGUGCCACCGGCCUGAGCCCGAGGGCAACGGCGACGGCCGCGGUGAUCUCGCCGGUGGGCGGCGGCCUGGUCCACGACCACGUGACAUCAGCCGUCGCCCUAGGUGGUUGCCCGCGGCCUCCUCCGCUUCUUCGAGGAGCUCGGCAAGCGCAGCGCCUGCGAGCAGGUACGUAUAUCACAAAGGGAAAAUUUGGGGCCAAGGUCAAGAAGGAGACGGUUUUCUUUUGUUGCCCAGUCCAGUACAACCAGCAAAAAGGUGUCAAGUUCUAUAGGAGGAUCUUCUAUUGCAUCAAGAGAAGACGCCAUCUUGGCACACUGGAAACUACGCAGCAAGCAUCUGGUUUUGGAAGAAUUGGGCUAAGGGGUGAUUGCGCUCAGGUUUUGAUGCAGACAAUGCUAUUAAACUUUGGUUUGGUUUGGUAUGAUCAUGGGGCCGGCGGCUAAAGCACUUAGGCAUGGUGGCGGAGGCGAUGUACAUGGGCGUGUCUGCUAAGCAGGCCACUGCGUGGGUGGCGAAGUGAUGCGGUGAGGUUAGCAUCUGUAGGAACCCCUGCUGGUCGAGACCCCAGUGUGCGGAGGAGACUCCGGUUUUCUAGGGUAUGUUUUGGGCUGUUUCUUUGUUGAUAUCUUCCCUCCUGGGCUUUGAUUUGGUUCCCAUAAUGGAUAAUUCUAAAUGCGCGGAUGAUUACAGAGGGUUCACGGGCCUAUCUACACUAAUUAUCUCUGCCCCCUGAUUUUCAGGGGGUGUGGCCCGUCGCCCUCUCUAAUCUCCAAUCAAACACUGCGAGCUAGCACCAUUCCGUAAAGUUUGCUAGACAGCUGCAGGCUUGCACCAUCUAAAGAGGAGGAUCUCAGAUGUAGAUACGACGGAGCAAAUUUUGUUUUGUGGUUGCAGCAUAGCCUCGGUUGACGAAGCACUACAUGGCUUUGAUCACUCGAAA